CGCUUGCUGGUUCGCAAGGUUCUUAGAACGGUCAUUCCUCUCUCGGUCUGAAAUUUAUUUGUAUGUAUUAUUUGCUAAACUGCAUGCCUUUUGUGUAUUAGUGUACGUUUUGGUUACUCAAUUCAAACAUAUUUCAAUUCACAAUAUCACAAUGAGUGGUUUCAAGUUCGGUUUGCUUAAUAUUUGUAAACAAAGUGCAUUAUUGGUUGGUAAUUCCAAGAAUAUGGCUUUACUUGCACCUGCAGCGAUUACGAAUUUCAGCAGAGACAUUGCUACGAGAAAUUACAGCCGCAAACAAACUCACGCCGAAAGGAAAUACAGUAGCAGUUCGGAAUCUGAUAGCGAUUUGCAAUGGAUUGGGCACAGGGGAGAAUCAGAGUUUUGGAGGAGGAAAAUUCGAACGUUUCACUCGAUCAUAGACUUAAAUAAUGACGGUGUCAUUUCCUUUGAGGAUUUCAAGCUGAUAUCAGACCGUUUUAUCAAUUUGGGUCAUUUGAAAGUCGAACAAAUUCAAAAAUUUCAAUCUACUCUUAAGGAAUUAUGGGAAAAACAAUUUGGUGAAAUAUCCCCUUACAACUUAGUUUCGGUGGAGAAAUAUUUGGAAAACAUGCAUCACGUUUUGAACGACAAGAGUUUAGUGAGAAAAGCUCAUUCCUUUUUGCCUUAUCUCUUCAAGGCUGUAGACAAAGAUCGUUCUGGCGAAAUAACCGUAGAGGAAUUCAAAUUAUUUUUCAAAGUAUUAGGCCUCAAUAGCGACGAUGCCAUUUUGGCCUUCCGAGCAAUCGAUUCCAAUGGAGACGGUAAAAUUUCGCAAAAGGAAUUCGUCAAACACGGCAGGGAUUUCUUCUUGACCGAAGACGAGGAGAAAAUAAGCAAAUUUUUUUGGGGACCGUUGGUGGAGCAUUAAUUUCUUAACUACCUAGACCGGAUGUGCGAGCAGAAUUUGAUUAUAAAACUUACAAAGUUGCAGACUUUUUUUUAAUAUUAGCAUUCAAAACAAUGCGGUACAUGGUAAGUCGGGGGCAAUGAAUAAUGUUAAUGAACUAAUAACAUAAGUACUUUAAUACGUAAAUGUUUCGUUAUUUCUACUCGUUAAUUUUGAUUUUUUAUAGACAAUUAGGUAAGGAGAAAAAAUUGUUUUCAUGUAAAUAUGGGAACGUGUUCAAACGACAAUAAUGUAUAAUAGUUAAUAAAAAUAGACAGUAAGAACAGA